GUUCAAGCAUAAAUAACCUUUCUGGGUGAUAAGGCAGUGCAGUGGUUAACAGACUUUUAAUAACAGUUCUCCUUAGAAAUUUUUACCAAAAAUGGAGUCUAACGUUGAAAGAGACAACCCCAUAAAGUUCGCCCGUGGUUCAUAUUUUCAACAACUCUCGCCUAUGACAAUUGGGCCUAUAUGGCAGACUCCACUAACUGACCUCACCGCAGGCAUUGUUACUGCCCAAGAGGGCCCUCAAAUGUGCGCUCAGAUGGAGCUGAUGAUGUUGAAUUGUAUGGAGCAAUAUGGAUACAUGCGUGGUAUGAAGAUGUGUGGCGGUUACAUUCAGGAUCUGCAUGAAUGCCAAAUGAAGGACUUUGAGCGCACCCGUGUUCAAAUUAUGCAAGAAGAGAGGAGACGACAGUUCCGUGAUGGCAAGCUGACAAAGCAGUUUGAGGAGUGCCCACCUCAUCUGUAGAAUGUUGAUGGAUGUUACCUGUCUAUUUUAUGCUUAGAGAAGGAAGUGGCAUUUAUGGCUGCUUUUUAUGUUUCUGUUAUGUAAAUAUCAAUUUGGCUUGAGUAGAAAAAUGGUGAUAAUAUGAUGAGUUCUGAUACCA